CUCAACAACUAAUACCUUCAUCCCGCUCGUGGGCAGCUUUCACUUAGUUACCUGAACUCGGAACUAGGUAUGGCGUCUCAACCUGCGAUCUAUCGGCUGCCAGAGGAGUUGCUACUGCAGAUCGCGUCGCAGCUGCCCGAUUCAGCCACGCCUGAGCAUCUCAAAAACAUGUGCCUAGUGUCAAGCAAAUUUCGGCCGGCUGCACAGGAAGCCCUUCAUAAUGUUGCGAGGCUGCAUGUCUCAUGUGGCUGCCACCCAACGGUAAACACUGUCGUAAAGCUGCUCCGCACACUAUUUAAUCGACCGGAUCUCGCUUCUAAAAUCAGGACGCUACGCUUUAGGACGGUCCGCAAGAACAUCGCCAAGCUAUAUCAUGAGCAGAGCUUCGACUUGACUGCUUUGCGCAUACGAUGCCUAUCGAAGUUGAAAGAGCUAGGAUACACGAAUACGCAUCCAUGGUGGUCCUCAAUCAACAAUUCUGUCGAAUCUGCUUUUGCUGGUGUGGUGCUAGUCCUUCUACCAAAUCUCAUCCAUCUCGAUUUCUGGGUCAAGGAUCACCAUCGCGGUCCGCCAUCAAGCGAGUGCAUUUCUGGUCUUUUCGGAGGCAUGACCGCUCCUGAGGCGAUCAGGCAGGGGUGGAAGAGCGUCCGGCAUCUUACAAGCGGUGAUACUCAUAUGCUGAAAUGUGACAUCGAGUUCGAUGGCCUCACUACCUUGGACCUGAAGACUAUUUCCAUCGGCACCGUGCUCCGCUUGAAUGGGCCUGGAAGCCUCCAGGGCACGAAAAACCUGCGAGAACUGCUAUUGACGGUUUCGAUUCAAUUUGCAGAUCGCCCCCUGGUCGAGAAAGCAGAGAUCCAGUUCGGUGACCUUUUCGAGGCGCUCGGUUGCGAUAGUCUAGUCAGCCUCAAGAUAUUUCACAUCAAUGAUGGGUAUCAGAUUGGCGACGACCUGAUGACAGAACUUGACGCUGGCUACUUCAUAGACCAACUACGCAGCGUACAGACUACCCUUGAGACUCUCGCAAUCACAUUCGAAAGCACGGAAGACGAGACAGAGCUAGAGUGGAUGUUAGAGAUGUGCGCACGACCAAAGGGGUCCCUCAAGGACUUCACUAUUCUCAAACGACUUGUCUUGCCCCAGCCAUUCCUCUUUACCCCAGAGUCGCUCGGUCCAGAGUCUUGCCAUCCGAACGAUCUACCGUCGAACCUCAAGUAUCUGGAGAUACUAUAUCCGCACCCAGACGUGGAGUUCUGGGUUGGUGGUUUUCUGCCUCCAGAUGCUUCUAGUGUCAAGGAGCUUACACUGACUUGUCGUGAUGAAGUCGGCACGCCCGCGCACUACUUCGCAAUGGAAGUUGAUCCAAUCUGGUGGGCUUUAUCGGUGGAAGCAGACAUAGAAGCUUAUACUUUUUGCCAAACAGAGGGAUCUAGGAAGAAUUUGGCAGCUACGUACCUUGAGGAUGAGAGCGUUGAUGAGUGGAGUGAGGAUGAUGAGGAUGAUGAUGACGAAGAUGAUGAUGAUGAUACUGAUGACGAGAUGCCGGAUGCUGUCGACCCGACCAGUUGAGCCGUUCUUGUCACAAGAACGACGUGUAGUAAUGUGAUAUAGCAGGGCUAGGUGCAGUUGUUUAGCCGAAUGAUCUCUCAGAGCAUGAGACUGACGUGAGAAAGUCUAUGCUGUAAUGGAUAACAUGCCUCCUCUACAUGGGGAUAUAGGGAGUAGUUGUCAUGAUAUGGGUGAUGAUCUGUAUUCAUAGGUUCUAUCGAG